CCGCAUAAUGUUUUUGUCUUGAUUAUUUCACAAGAGUCCAAAAUUGCAUGAAAAGCUGAAGGGACUGAUGACAAAAGAUGUCAGAGCGAGGAGAAUCUACGACAAAGUGGGCUCCUAUGGUACACCCCGAGAUGCAGGUCAUGGGAACAUCAGUGAACUUGCAAGUCCUAUGAAGUCUUUACAUACACAACUCAAGUUUACUACCAUGGAAUGAAGGUAUCAGGAUGUUGAUUCACCAUGAAGCGAAGGCAAGCUUGGUCUGUCAAGGAGCCUUCACCGAAUGCAUCUAAUGCUCCGAUCCUGUCAUGUCAGUUUUGAGUACGGAAGGUGGGACUGGAUAAGCGGAGUGUUGCAACAAUCUCGAAGUAAAUAGAAGGAGAGACGUCUUCUAAAGACACUUGGAAGAUUGUGAGACCGUCACAACUUUUUGCCUUUGUUUUUGCUGCUUUCGAUACAACUUCUCCAUGCUUUUUUUGGGCGGAAAGAUCGACUGACAGAUUUGAUGUAUGUGGAGUACAGAGGUUUUGCAUGUUACAUUUAUUCAUUGAAGGGAAGACAGGAAUUAUGUCCACGACAAUUUCAACUGUACAACCACCAGAGAAGUUUGUCUACAAACAAAUUUUAAUACGGUAGUUCAUAUUACCAUCCCACAGAAGGUGAUCUUACGACUUUUCUCAUGUGUCUGCACGCUGUGGAUGGAGAUGGAGCUUGAUCCAGUGGAGAAAGUAUCUGACCAUACUGUAGGAGAAAUGAAAGAGAAAUCUUUCAUUUCGCCUAUAGCAACUGACACAUGGAAAUGCUGGUCCUCUUUUAUGAAGGAUGUUCCUUAGCGCCCAAUCAAACACUGGCUUUAGGAAGGAGGCAUCACGAAUGUUUUCCUGCCAUCAGCACAGAGCACUGCUAUUUUGCAAUUGCACAACAGUAUCGAGAAAUCAAAGCCACUGCAUCAAUUUCUGUGUGAUUUACAUUCUACACAGUACUUCGUACAUUCCACUCUGAUCCGAGGAACAGAAAUAGGAUAAUGUCUUCAGAUAAGCCAUAUGACCUUCAUCACCUACUUCUUCUGCAAAGCACCUCCAUUCCAUCUGGCGAACAGAUCACAUGCAACAGUGUCUUCUAUCCAGUUGUUCUCACAUACUUUUCAGGCCACUUGUUCGACAAUCUUCGCUGCAUUUGCUGCUGUCCAGACCAGCUCGAGCUCGUUCUCAGCUCAAGUGCACCAUGUUGUCAACACCAUGUUCCGCAACUCGUACAAAGUUGCGCUCUGCUCUUGACUUUUCAAUUACAAUAAUUAUUCCACCGACUAUGUUCAUGACCGUGACAAGCUACACGGAUACUUGUUACGAAUUUCAUACACAGAGUCCCACUCAAGCACGUAAAGUGGACCGUUACUUAUUUUCCACGUGUUCUUUCAGGGGCACUUUAGCAACGGACGUUAGGCUCAGUGAGUCACACAUGAUCUUCAAGACAUAAGGGCCAAUGUAUCUGAUAAGGUUGACACUGUCAGUGAGUGACAACCCAUGUCGAUCAUCACAUUCAUGCUGUCGCUCACGGCGAGAGGAUAAGUUUAGUCGAUCUUAAAAACCAACGCAAAAGUCGUUC